AUUUUCAUACUGAAUGUAUAUUUAUUGAUUAUAUAUAUAUAUAUAUAUAUAAGUGAAGGGAAAAACAAAAAAAGGAAAGAGAAAGUCCGUUCGUGGGCUAAAGAAAGAGGGGGAAGAGGGUGUGACUAGUGAUUCUUCUCAUUUGCAGCAGCAGCAGCAGCGAGCAGCGAGCAGCCACCUCCACCAAAUUGGAGCCCCAGAGCAGACGGACGGACGGACGUGCGGACGGGAUGUGAUGAGACCAGACCUGCCACGAUCGAUUUAGGAAGAUUCUCAAACCAACCCGUCGUCCAUGACUAAGCCCCCUGAGAAUAGCGGCGAAGACGAGGCUGCCGCCACCAUCGCCGCCUGGGGUACAUGGGAUGAGCUCCUCCUCGCAUGCGCCGUCCAGCGCCACGGCUUCAAGGCCUGGGACUCCGUCGCCUCCGAGGUUCAAUCCCGGACCUCCCUCCCCCUCCCCCUCACCACCCCACACCACUGCCAGCUCAAAUACCACGACCUCCACCGCCGCUUCUCUGCCGACGACGACGAGAACGACUCCGCCGUCCCCUGGCUCGACGAGCUCCGCAAGGUCCGCGUGGCCGAGCUUCGUCAGGAGGUCCAGCGCUACGAUGUCUCCAUCCUGUCUCUGCAGUUGAAAGUGAAGAAACUGGAGGAGGAGAGAGAAGAGAGCUUGAGGGAGGACCAGCAGCAACCAGAUCUGCCGGAGGAGUCCAAACCAGCCAGAUCAGGUAACGACUCGUUAGCCGCCGGUGGUGAGACGGGCGCCUCCCUCCCCGAAAAGACCGCCGCGAAGUCGGCCGCCGGCGAGGAGUCCGACCGGGAGAACCGGUCUGUCAAUGGAUCCAACUCGACCGGGGUGAAGAGCGAGCGCGAGAAAGCCGGCCGAGAAGCGGAGCCCAAGACUAAUAAGAGGGAGGAGGAGGAUGGCGAAGAGCCGGUCCGGGCGGGAACCGGCUCCUCGGAGAAGACGGAUCAGGCAUCGGAGGAGUCAAAACCGGAAGGGAUGGACUCGUACAACGGGAGCUCUGAACCGAACCGGGAAAGGAGGGGUGAAGAAGAAGAGUCGGACGAGUUGCGCGACUCGGUGGCUCAGUCGAAGGAGAACAGCAGCGACGUCCAGAGCUCGGCGAGUCUGACGAGGAGGAAGAAGAGGAAGGGGCGACGGGUGAAUGAGAUAUCGUGCGGCGGGGAAGUGGCGGAGACAGACGACGGCUCCCCUGCCGCUGAUUUGGCGGGGAAGAAAUCACAGCCGUUGGUUGAUUUCCUGAAAAUGAUCCGGGCGCAUAAGCACAGCUGCUUCUUCGAACGGCGGCUCGCGGUCCAGGAGAGUGACAAGUACCAGAACAUCAUCCGACAGCAUACGGAUAUCGACACCAUUCAGUCCAAGCUCCGCAAGGGUUCCUACUCAUCCACCCCCCUCUCCUUCUUCCGCGACCUCCUCCUCCUCUUUGACAACGCCCUCGUCUUCUACCCAAAGUCCUCCCCUGAAUCUGCCACCGCCCUGGAGCUCCACCGCCUCGUCUCCGCGGAGCUCCACAAGAAGAUUAAGAAGCCCACCCCGAGAUCUAGUUCCACUCAAGACGCCCCUGUCCGCCCCAAACCCGAGUUGGAGCGAUCCGACUCCUUGCUUGCAAAGCACAAGUCUUCUGUCCCCAUCAUAGUCUGCCGCAAGAGAAGUUCCUUUUCAGCUAAGCCCUCUUCCACUGCCAUGGGCCAGAAGGGCGAACCGCGGAGCGAGGAUAAGAGGCCCGCCUCUGAUCCAAAGCAGCAGCAGCAGCAGCCGCAGCCGAACAAGGCAGGAGGGCAGGAGCAACAGAAUCUUCCCAAGAUCAACAACACCGUGGAGAGGUCCGUGACCGGGGCUAGAAGCUUGAGGAGGAGCAAUACCAAUCUCAAGAGCAGCAAUGCUAGCACAUCCACUACUACCACCACCACCAAGAAGUCCCCCCUUGGCUCUACUACUGAUAAGGCAGAGACUCCCAAGACCGAUCAGAAGAAAACUGAGGGGGCAGCGGCAUCCACCAAGAAGAGGAGCGCCGCCGAUUUCUUGAAGAGAAUAAAGCGAAAUUCCCCAGCUGGGAAGUCGAAGAAUACAGCAGGUGAUCCUAAGAACAGUCAAGGGGGAGGAGGAGGAGGCAGCGGCAACGGAGAUCAAAAGAAGAAGCAGAGUGGGAAGGGAGACAAAGGAGAAGAGAGGGCCUCGAGGCAGAGUGGUGGAGGCAGCAGUGGCGCUAAACACACUAAAGAAGAUAGCAGCCCGUCGAAGCGGAGCGUCGGCCGGCCACCGAAGAAAGGAGGCGACUCCAAUGCGGUUGCAGGGAAACGCAUCAGGGAUAGCGGUGGGGGAAAGGAGGUGGCGGUGGCGGCGGCAUUAAAGCGGCCUCGAAAACGGACUAGGAGGUAGAAUGCCUGUGGCAUGAUAUAUUUAUAUAUACGUAUUUGACACUUUUUUCUUUUUAAUCAGGCGGGUGCUUUUGUUGUUUUCUAAUUAUUUAUUUUAUUUUGAAUUGGAUAGCUGUAGUAUAGCUAGCUAGUAGCCAUGGCUAUUUGGUCCUCUGGCCUGGCCACCACUGUAACGGUACAGUAUAUUAUCACAACCAGGAGGUCUUCAACUUUACCUCUUUUUACCUU